GGAUUGGAGAAGUAUGUCAUGACAAAGUUAUUUACACAUGUAUUUGCUUCACUUCCAGAUGAUGUGAAAGUUGAUGACCAACUUCAUGAAAAAAUGGUUUUGAUUCAACAAUUUAUUCGGCCAGAGAACCUAGAUAUUAUGCCAACAUAUCAAAAUGAGACAUCAUGGUUGCUUGCACAGAAAGAGCUACAGAAGAUUAAUAUGUACAAGGCGCCAAGAGACAAACUUGUCUGUAUUCUCAAUUGUUGCAAGGUCAUAAAUAAUCUACUGCUCAAUGCUUCCGUUGCUUCGAAUCAGAACCCUCCGGGAGCUGAUGAAUUUCUUCCUGUUCUGAUUUAUGUAACAAUAAAGGUAAUUUGCAUGCCGUAUUCUUAG